AUGCCCCCAGCCUCUCCCCCGGUAGGCGGCCAGAUGUCCACCCCCACGCUGUCGCCCUCCAUCGUUGAGUCAGUUGCCGGCUUCUCUGCAGGGGUGGUUGCGACUCUGGUCGUGCAUCCGUUCGAUGUCUUGAAGACGCGACUGCAGUUGGACCAGGUGCAUCGUCCGCAAUGGGGUAACUCUUUCCACCUUCUGCGGAAUAUUGUGCGCGAUGAAGGCAGCUUCAAGGCCCUAUAUCGCGGCCUGAUGCCGAAUGUGGUUGGCAAUUCGAUCAGCUGGGCACUGUAUUUCCUCUGGUAUCGCAACCUCAAGGACAUGUUCCAAGUCUGGCGCGGCGUCGAUAGACUGACGUAUUCGGAUUAUUUCCUCGCUUCUGGAGGGUCGGGCCUACUCACGGCGCUCUGCACGAACCCCAUAUGGGUCAUCAAGACGCGUAUGCUCUCCACCGGCCGCAACACACCCGGUGCGUAUCGUGGCAUUUCCCACGGUGUCUCUGAGAUCCUCAGGACUGAGGGGUUCGCUGGAUUCUACCGCGGCCUUGUCCCUUCUCUGUUUGGUGUUUCGCACGGCGCAAUCCAGUUCAUGGCGUACGAGCAGUUGAAACACUAUAGGGGCUCACAGGUAGGAGGGAAAUCAGACCUUAGUAAUUGGGACUACCUCUACCUCAGUGCUCUCUCCAAGAUGAUUGCUGGCAGUAUAACCUAUCCGUACCAGGUUGUGCGCUCGCGCUUGCAGACGUACAACGCGGAUAGGACAUACAGUUCGGCCACAGACGUGGUACGCAGGAUCUGGAGGAAAGAGGGCAUAUCAGGUUUCUACAAAGGUCUGGGCCCAAACGUUGUGCGCGUGCUUCCCUCAACUUGUGUUACAUUUUUGGUUUACGAGAACACCAAAUUCUAUCUUCCACGACUGUUCGAUGCCGAGAUGAUGCACGGGGUGGAUUGA